AUGUUUGGAAAAUUAGUAAACUUCAUAUUUGGCAGUGAUGAAGAUGACCUCUACACUCACCUAGAUGCAUUGGGUCACAACCACAAUGCAUUACUGCAAACAAUGAAUCAACAAACACUACUGCUAAAUACCCGAAUAUCUCAAUCAAACACCAUAGUCGAGAAUAAGCUUAGACUAUACAACGAGCGUGUUGAUAUUCUCACUCAAGCAAUCAAGGAAAUGCAAGCUAAUUGGUUACGCAUUGAUCAAAACCAACUAGAAAUUCGAAUGUUAAGUGCCUACAUGGGUGCCAACAAUUACUACUUGGAGAUAAAAGAAAGGUACAGUGCCCUUCUACAAGCCUUAAAUGAGAAAACAAAUGGGAUAGAGCUAAUCAGUAAGGAACAAUUACAAGAUACAAUAGAUAAAACUCAUAAAAAAUUAGGGCCUGGGUUGAUAAUCUCCGAUCAUAGUCUCAAGACAGCGAAAUACAAAGUCACAGAAGACAAUAUUACUGUUCACAUAUACUUUGAUAUCAUGGAGUCUACCACCGACGAAUUAAUACACGUGAUCGCAAUCCCAAAACAUCUUUACAAUGACACGUAUCUAUUACGAGACAUCGAGAAUUCACUACUAGGAGUGGAUUAUCAUAAUCAAAAGAGUUUCAUCAUGAACAAUGAAGAUCUCAGAAGCUGCAAAAUUCUUACCCAAGGAAAUCACAUGUGCAAGACAGACAUCGUAUACAACAUCCCAGAUCGUCCAUCGUGUGUACUAGAUGAAAUCUUCAGACGACAUCAAGGUGAAGAGUGUGUCACAAAGAAAGUGACUGUUCAGGAUGUAAUCUGGAAAAAGUUAAACACCGAGAACACCUGGUUCUACAUGACUGAAAAACCGAUAUCAGUAGCAGUGCUCUGUAGCGGAUUUCGGGAAGAAACACUCAUCAACGGUUCAGGAAUUCUCCACGUAAAGCGUGACUGCUCUGUGAAAACUAAAGCAUUAACGCUACGAUAA